ACGAUCCUGGUGGUAUCUUAAGAUAUCUACCCCUUUCAAUGGCAAGAUGGUUGCAUGGUUACUUCAAGUUAUUGGCAUUAAUACUGAAGAAGCUUUGUUAUGGCUAGCAACACAUCUGUUAUUUCGAGAUUAGAUGGAAAAGUUGCCCUGAUCACAGGUGCUAGUUCAGGUAUAGGUGCAGAUACAGCAGUGCUUUUCGCGAAGCUUGGUGCCAAGUUGUCUUUAACUGGUAGAAACGAAGAAAACUUAAAUAAGACUGGUUCAAAGUGUAAAGAGAAUUCUGCAGAACAACCCUUAUUGAUACCAGCUGAUCUUGUGAAAGAAGCUGAUGUUAAAAUUGUAGUUGAAAAAACAAUAGAAAAGUAUGGAAAGCUUGAUAUCUUGGUUAACAGUGCUGGUAUAGUAGAAGUGGGUUCUAUAGAGACUACUUCAUUAGAACAGUAUGAUAAGGUCUUCAAUGUUAAUGUCAGAUCUAUAUACCAUCUAACUAUGUUAUGUGUACCAUAUUUAACACAGAGUAAAGGAAAUAUUGUAAAUGUUUCAAGUGUCAAUGGUGUUAGAUCAUUUCCUGGUGUUUUGGCUUAUUGUAUGUCUAAAAGUGCUAUAGAUCAAUUUACUCGAUGUACAGCAUUAGAACUUGCAACAAAACAAGUGAGAGUUAACAGUGUCAAUCCUGGUGUAAUUGAGACAGAAAUCCAUAAAAGAGGUGGGAUGUCAGAUGAAGCUUAUGUUCAGUUUUUAGAGAGAUGUAAGACAACUCAUGCUUUAGGUCGACAUGGUCAAGUUGAGGAAGUAUCAAGUGUGAUUGCAUUUCUGGCAUCAGAUAGUGCCUCCUUUAUUACAGGAACUUCAACACCAAUAGAUGGCGGCAGACAUGCCAUGUGUCCACGAUAAAGUAACAUCUGAGUAUAGAAUGAGGAGAGAAAAGUGCCUCAAACAAACUUUUCAUUACUUACAGACAUUACAAAAUUGAAAACAUACCCAUCAUGCUUAUAUUUAUGAUAUUAAUGGUUAUUAAAUUAAUUUGGGAUUUUAAUACUAUGCAUGUAAUCUUAAAGAUACAUUAUGCAAGAUUUAGAUAAAGAACUAGCCAUUCUUGCUAUAAUAGUUCGAAAGUAGAUGAUGUAAAAUGAAUAAUUUGAAAAUUUCAUUCAAAUUACUCUAUUGCAAGCGAAGAUAUUAGCCUUUGAAGGUUCGACAGACGUGUGCAAUAAUUUCAACCACCGUGCUGGUUGAUCGAAGCUAAGUCUCGGUCCUCCACAUUUGACUAAAUCAAAGUAUCGCAGAACCAUUCUAAUCUAUUUAAUAUCAGAGAAAUCUGAUGCCAUCGAGAGUUGAUUAAGACAUAGAUCAGUUAAUUAAUGUCUAAUUAAUACUUUAGAAAACAUUUCAGGCCUAAAGAAAGACCUGCAAUAGGCAGAUUUAGCUCUUGCAUAAUACAUGUUUAACAAGAAGUUUAUUAAAAGUAAGCAUGUUGUGGCAUAUUAAAGUCUUAUUGAAGCCCAAUAGAAAUUCCUUGAAAAGUACAAUACUGUGAAAGAUGAAUCUCCUAUAGAAAUAUCAGUCCAAAACUGUUCUGUUAAGUAUUUACAAAGAUAUUCGGCCAUCCAACAUCCCACUUAUCAGAAAGCCUUCAUUCAUUUAAAUUAACUAUUACUAUAGAAACACAACAGAAUUUAUAUGGAAAACUAUUAUUGUUUUGUUAGAGAUGUACCCAAAGGAACUAUCAAAAAAGAUUCGCUCACAAGAGCGAGACGGAUCAACUCAAUGCAGAAAUCCACAAAUGAGUGGAGUCUUAGCUUAUUUAUUCCAACAAUGUGUCAAACGAGAACUAUAUCUGUAGUAAAUUAGACCAAUAUAGCUAUUUCCUUAUUGGUACGACUGACAAGAAAUCUCUCUGUCAUAAUGUUUCAAAUUACCAGGGUAGAAAUAUAGUCUUGCCCCCUAAAUAAAGAACACUCUGCAGAUAUUAAACAUAACAGACCAAAAUCCGUUGAAAUACAUUCUAAUCUCGAAGGACACACUAAUAGAAAUGUUACAUGCAAAUAAAUGAGCUUUUCAAGGCUGAUCCUGAUAGUGACAAAAAUGUAAUUGGAAGAUAUUUGAAUCAAAUGGAUUCACACUUUAAGACUUUUCGAAAUGGAUGGCUCAAUGAUAAGAUUAAGUAGCAAUGGUUCCCUUUAUAUAGUAUGAAAUAAUACAAAACUUUCAUAUAUAUUUUAUUAUUGUAUUUUAUUAACCAAGGUAUAUAGCUAUUAAAUGGUGAGUUAUUGAUAUUUGUAUUAUUAAUUGAAAUUGUAUUUUUGUGAGAAAAAAAAAUACAAUGUAUGCAUAAAAAUGUUUUCAUUA